AAAAGAACAAGAAACUAGAACCUAAACGAGCGGUCAGCGAGACGGGGAGGAAAGGUGUAGAGCCAUAGAGGAGCAUCCCGUGGCGGCGGCGGCGGCGGCGUCCGGUGGGAGAUGUCGAUCCUGUGGGAGAAGAGCGCUGGGUGGCGGUGGCUGGUGCGGCGGACGCGGGACUCGAAGCCCUUCUUCUUCACCUUCGCGGCGCUGUGCGGCGUCGUCCCCGGCGUGAUCGGCUACGGCGUGAUGCAGCUCACCAGCUCCCGCAACGAGCAGCUCGAGGCCCACCUCCGCUCCACCGCCCGACCCGAUACCACGAUGAUGGGGCAAGUGAACAGGGAGAGACUGGCCGAGUUUCUUGGCGAGCUGCAAAGGAAAGAGGACACGAACGACAGAUACGUCGCCGCUCUGAAAGGGGAGACGCUGACCAGGAAACGCUACGAGCGCAUCCAGCCCGUGCCUGCCCCCGCCCAGGCCGCCCAAGCGAGCCAGGAGGCCGCCAAGGCUGCCAGUGCUGAGGAGAAACCCAAGGCCUAGUGAUUCGCAGUUAGUGUUACUAGAAAAUCUCUGAGCAUAACCGGGCUUCAGCUCCGUGAGUAGUCAGAGCUUGCAAACGUCGCCAUUGCGGAAUCCUUGAGUAAACGCUGCUGUGGACCGUCGCUUGUGAUGUGGAUUGCUUUUGAGUUUUGACUGAAGAGAGUAGAAUAUCUGGGAUGCCCGUGCA